GUCUAGUUUGCUACAUUGCUCAUUGGAUGCAUGUUGGCAAAAUCGAGUUCUUCUGGGCAGAUACUGAGAGCAACUCAGCUAACAUCACCGUGUUGUCGAAGCUCUUAACACUAAUGGGAGGAGUUGGUUUGGGCGUCUCUGUUAGCUUCAUGAAGAAGGCCUUCGUAUUUUCCUCCCCGGCUGACAAAG